UCGACAGGGUAACACCAUACUACUUGAUGUUUGGCAGGCAUCCCCGGCUCCCGGUCGACUUGGUCUUUGGGCUGUCAACCACUAAUGGGUCGGGUGGAUAUAGCGAGUAUGUCCAGACCCUGCAUGACUGCCUGUCGCAGGCUUAUGCACAGGCUAAUCAGGCCUCCCGCCAGGCUAAGGGUCACCAGAAAAGAUACUAUGACCGGCAAGCAAAGAGUCAAAGUUUCAGCCCGGGUGACAGAGUCCUGGUUAAAGUGUGUCAUGUGGACGGGCGAAGCAAACUAGGAGACAAGUGGGAGUCACGUCCAUACAUUGUGGUGAAGAAACAGCCAGACAUGCCGGUGUAUGUGGUGCGAUCGGAAAAUGGUGAUAUGGAGAGAGUGGUCCACCGCAACUUACUCACACAGUGUAUGUUUCUUCCCGUGGAGCAGGUGGGAGAGGAGACAAGGGAGGAAAUGGAGCUCGACAUGGAGGAGAGUUGGGAGAUUGAGGACAUAGAGGACAGUGGAGAGCAGGCUGGUGAAGUGAUCAGACAGGAGGAAGAGUCUGACACGAUCGAGGACGGGGAGGCUGAUAGUCUGGAAGGAGGUGUGGAGGGAGUUUCACCCGAAACAGCAGAUGGAGCACUCGCCACCACAGGACCAGAGGAAAGGGACACAGGGGCAGGACAAGAGAGUGAAGAAUGGAGGGGGAAUGAAACUGCCAGGGUCACCCACUCACCUCCCAGACCAAGUGAACCAAGUAGGAACUUGCCGAGGAGUCGGCAUCCCCCAAACAGACUGACUUAUGGGUCAAGAGUUAUUGAACCAGGGGAGGAUCAGAAGAGGAUAGAAAGGGGAUGGAAGCUGUGGCAGAGGGCAAAAGCAAGGAGGGCUGCAGGAAACACGUAGGAUGACACAGCCAGUAUACCCCAUACUAAUAGGAUACACACACAGACAUUUUCGCUGCACAUCUUCUCACACCGUUAUUCUUUUAUACAUAGUGAGACUGUUCUGUUUUAUUUUGUUUGAUGACUGGGAUGCCAUCACGUAAAGGAGGGGCGGAUGUAAGGCAGUGACUGGAAUAAGUCACAAGGUGUCACUGUUGAGCUGCAUAUACAUUGUAGAUUUUAGCAAUUUUGACCAUUUGUCCUCUGCAGGACACCGUAGUUCAGAUUUCUCGUUCGCGCGGGCGCCAUCUUGGUUCAGUGUUUACUGUGAUUUGCAAAGGGCCAGCAGCAGAGUUGGAGUGGUGUUUGCCCCAGCAUUUGAAUAAACGGC